AUGGAAAAUGGAUCCGACGCAUCAGAAUUUCAUUCUUCAAUAUCAAAAAACAGCGACCACAUUUUGGGAGUCGUGUACUCGCUGUUUGGAUUCUUCUCCCUCUCUGGGAACUCGGUGCUGCUGGUGGUGGCUUAUCGGAAACGUUCCAUGCUUAAGCCGGCUGAAUUCUUCAUUGUAAACCUUGCGAUUAGUGAUCUGUGCAUGACAGGGACACUCUUCCCUUUGGCCAUCCCAUCACUGUUUGCUCACAGGUGGCUAUUUGACAGACUGACCUGCAAAUAUUAUGCAUUUUGUGGAGUUCUGUUUGGUCUCUGCAGCCUGACGAAUUUGACAGUUCUGAGCUCCAUCUGCUGCAUGAAGGUCUGUUACCCCCAAUAUGGUAAUAAAUUUUCUUCAUCCCAUUCUUGUGCCUUGCUGCUCUGUGUCUGGGCUUACGCCUUUGUGUUUGCUAGUGCUCCCUUGGCAGACUGGGGAAGUUAUGGUCCUGAACCAUAUGGAACUGCCUGCUGUAUAGACUGGAAGGCGGCCAACCAAGAGCAUAGAGCCAUCUCCUACAUCGUGUCUCUGUUUGUCUUCUGCUACAUUAUUCCCUGCACGUUAAUCCUAAUCUCCUACACCCUCAUUUUGCUCACUGUGAAAGGGGCGAGAAAAGCCGUACAACAGCACUUGUCCCCGCAAAAUAAAGGAAGCAGCGUCCACAGGCUCAUAAUUAAGCUCAGUGUUGCCGUCUGCAUUGGGUUCCUCAUGGCUUGGACACCAUAUGCUGUGGUUGCAAUGCUGGCGACUUUUGGCAAUGCCAGGGAUUUGCCGCCUAUAGCAUUUGCCUUGGCAGCCAUGUUUGCCAAGUCCUCUACUUUCUACAACCCCAUGGUGUAUCUGCUCCUGAAGCCGAACUUCCUGACUGUGGUAACCAAAGACUUGUCUGUGUUUCAGGCCGUGUGUGCAGUGGUGUGUAGCAGCUGCAGGACGCCGGGCAAGAGGGCGCAGUGUUUACAGGACAAUGCCAGGGCUCAGACAAAGCUCUCUGGCCCAUUCAUAGGGAGGCCGGAAAUGUGCCGGAGCUGUGUAGGCGCUUUCGAGUGUUUUAGUAAUUACCCGCAAUGCUUUAGUUUGGACCCUAUAAACGCCAACCAACCGGAGCACUUCUCUCUGGUAAAGAGUUCUGCAGCAAACGUGGAAAUACCGACCUCAGUGCAUCUUGUGGUUUAUUCCUCAAGAACAAAGUCCAUGGAUGCCAUGGUUGGGGCAGAGCAGCUGGACUGCAUGAAAGACUUUCUGUAAUACGGCGUGGUUCUAAGUUUUCAUUGUUCCUGUUGUGUUUUGCUGACA